CAACAGCAGGCCAGUAUUGAUCAGUGUGUGUUUACACAUGCAGCUGAACUGAGACGUCUGCUCGCUCGCGCUCCCUCACAACACGAUGUUUUCUGUGAUGAGACAGGCCAGAGGAGUCCUUUCUCCCAGCUGCCGGCUCAGUCUGGCUCUGAGCCUGGUGCUCCUCAGUGGAGCUGCUCAAACAGCAGCGAGCAGCGAGCCCAGCGUCCGUGAAGCUCGCUCUGUGGGAAACCAGCUGAUGGUUCAACCAGUGGACUGUGUUUUAUCUGAGUGGAGCCGCUGGUCACGCUGUGACACCUGCACAAAGAAGAGAUACCGCUAUGCAAAACUGGACCAGCCGUCUCAGUUUGGCGGGGAGCCAUGCAGCUUCCACAGCAGGCAGGAGGAGGCCUGUGACGUCCCGGCCCGCUACACCUGUGACAAUAUACCUUUAUGUGAGGGUUUCCUCUGCACCCAAACAGGUCGCUGUGUCCACAGAACUCUGCAGUGUAACGGAGAGGAUGACUGUGGGGAUAUGUCUGAUGAAGCUGGCUGUAAAAAAGCUUCCAAGCCCUGCAGGGUGGAGGCUGAGGAGUUCUGGGGAAUUGAAAAUCUUGCCAAAGGAAUAAAUGUUUUGAACAGUGAUCUGGAAGGUGUGGUGCUUGAUAACAGAUACUACGGAGGCAGCUGUCUGCCUCAGUACAUCCAAGAUGUCCCAUUCAGGAAGCCCUUCAACCUGCAGCAGUACGCAUUCCAGACAAAAGGUUCUUACGAUUUCACCCUUAAUGCCUUCAGUACGUACUCUGAAUACAUGCAUUACAGCAGUACGGAGCACACGUCCCAAACCUCUUUCUCCAUCGGCUUUGGUGUCCCAGGGGUUUUCAAUUUUGGAUUUAACUUCAGUGAAUCCAAAUACAGAAAGUCAGUUCAGAAGACCCGCCGUGCCUCUGGAAAAAGCUACAGUUUUCUCAGAGCCAAAGCUGAGCUGCAAUUGGCCCAGUACAUGCUGAAAUCAGAAGAUCUGGUGCUUCACCCCGAGUUUCUGCAGCGUCUUCGCUCCCUGCCACAGGUUUAUAUCUAUGGAGAGUACAGUCAGAUCUACAGGGACUACGGCACCCACUACGUCACUGAGGCCACACUUGGGGGAGACUAUGAGUAUACCAUCAUCCUGAACAAGGAGAAGCUGGAAAAGUCAGAUUAUUCUUUGGAAGCCUACAAGUCUUGUGUACAGGCAGGCCUAAAUGUUGGAGCAAACAUAUAUGGAGUUUAUGUAUCUGUGGGCGCUAAAGGUGGGAGCUGUGAUGGCCUUCUGAAUGAAAUGGGAGAGGACACACAAAACGGGAGCAUGGUGGAAGAUUUUGUUGCUGUUGUACGGGGUGGAAGUAGUGAAACCAUCAGCGCUUUGAUGUCUAAGACGCUUCCCACUCCAGAGCUAAUGAGGCUGUGGGGUGAAGGCGUUCGUUUCAACCCUGACAUCAUUCGACUAACAGCCAAGCCUCUGUACGAGCUGGUGACAUCCAGAGACUUCACCCAAGAUGCCAUCCUGAAAAGAAACCUGAAGAAAGGUCUGUCAGAGUACCUGGCAGAGACGAGCUCCUGUCGCUGCGCUCCCUGUCACAACAAUGGACAGGCUGUUCUGAAAGGCACAAGAUGUGAAUGUUUGUGUCCUUCUGGCUACACUGGGAGAAGUUGUGAGAUCACUCAAAGGCCAACGGAUUUGGCUACUGAUGGCAGCUGGAGCUGUUGGGGAGCGUGGUCUUCCUGCAGCGGGGGGAAAAUGACACGGAGUCGACAGUGUAACAACCCAGCGCCCAGCAGUGCAGGCCUCCCAUGCAUCGGACUGGAACAGGACUCUACUGAAUGCUUCUAAAAUCUCUGAUGUUACAAAUUUAAUAAAAGUUUAACCUUUGUGUUUG